AUGGAUGCUGAGCGCGAGCGCAUCGAGCGCGCCAGGGCCAGGAACCUCGCCUACAUCCAGCAACAGGACGAGCGGCAGGCUUCGCAAGCGGCGGACGAACUGCUGGCCUCCGUGCUCGGAUCUCCUGCUGCUGCCCCCAGCGCCAAGAGGUCCACGCCCACGGGAGGCGGCUCGAAGGGCAACAGCAGCGUCUACAUCACGGGCCUCACCACGUACAUGGCGUGCAGGCAGCUCGAGGGCGUGUGCUCCAAGAUCGGCAAGGUUCGGCGCAUCAAGUUCUACAAGGACGAAAGAGGAGGACUGAAGGGCGAUGCAGUCGUCACGUUCUGCUCGCGUGCUACAAUGGCCAAGGCCAUUGACAGGUUGAAUCACUUCGAAGUCAAGCCUGGUGUGAUCAUCACGUACGAGACGCUAGCUACGUGA